UGUUUGUGAUUUCAUUUCAUUUACACGUAUUUUUAAAUAUUUUAGAAAAAAAAAUUACAAAAUUUCUAGUAAUUUUUAUAAGAAAAUUUUAAAUACCUCUAACAAUGGCCGAUAACAACGAAGACGACAAAGCCAGUGGCGAUGCAAUGUCAGAAGGGAAACCAGAGCCUGAAGAACCCGAGCCACCGAAGAUACCUGAUGUGGAGUUAAUAGUAGACGGUUUUGGUUUCAUGCCGAAAGACUAUCCGUACCCAGCGAAGAGUCGAACUUCUAAUGUGUUCUCACAGUCAUCGAAAGCUUUGAAGGAAAUUAAAGCCGCUAAUCACCAAGAACAAAGUCCUUGUGCUUCAAGUACUAACAUAGAUAUAGUUAGAAGGUACACGUGGAAAACUAAAAACAGGAUGCUAGUUCAGAUAAUUUCGUUUGGUGCCACAAUGACAUCAAUCCAAGUGCCCGACAGAAAAGGUGUACCUGACGACGUGAUUGCUGGAUUCGAUACAUUUGAAGAGUAUUUGCAGCCAAGGAAUCCUUACUUCGGCGCAACAAUCGGACGUUACGCAAAUAUCAUCCGAGAUGGUACAAUGGUUGUGAGACCUUCUGGGAAAAUGUACAUGCUGUCGACGAACCACGGACGCGAUCAUUAUAACGGUGGCUACGUGGGGUUCGACAAGGUUAAUUGGCGUUCCUAUGUCACUGGGAAUAAAGUAAUAAUGAGCCAUGUUUCCGAACGAUUCCAUGAAGGUUAUCCUGGCACCAUGAUGGCCCAAAUCUGCUUCGAAGUGACGUGUGAUAAUACAAUCAAGAUUGAAAUGAAAUGCACGACAAGCGAGCCCACCAUUGUUAAUCUCAGCAACGCUUUGUACUUCAAUUUAGCGGGCCAUCACGCUGGAUCUGUCUGCACGUACGAUCAUAUAUUUACAAUCAACGCUGACAAAUACACGGCGGUGGACGAUGAUGGUCUCAUUACAGGUGAAAAGAAAAUAGUGGGAGGUACACCGUAUGACUUCAGAGUGCCUCGAGUGUUAAGUACUGUGCUGCCUAAGAUACCGCAAGGCGGUUACGACAUUAACUUCUGUAUCACUCAAGGAACUGAACAAGACCUCACUUUUCAAUCUAGGGCACUUCAUCCCGGUACAGGCCGAGUACUCGAGGUCUACAGCAACCAACCUGGUAUGCAGUUCUAUACUGGAAACCUUCUGCCUGAUCCUGAUAAAAUUAUUGAGGAACCUGUGGCAGACGACCGGGAUGAAGGCGAGAAUGCAGAGAGCGUUAGCAGUGUGUCAAGUGUGAACGAGGGAGAUAUGAGAGAAGAAGGGAGCGAGGGUAAAAGGAGCUUUGGAUACGUGCCGCUGCUUGGGAAACAAGGUGCCAUCUACAAAAAACAUGGGCUCUUCUGCCUGAUGCCGCAGAAUUAUCCUGAUGCUAUUAAUCACAAAAACUUUCCGAAUUCUGUGUUGAACCCAGGUGAAGUGUACGUCCACAAAAUACAAUACAAAUUUGGUAUAUUAUUGGGAAAGUAUGUAUAAAAAUGGAAAUAUGUAAUAAAUAUAAAAUUGUAAGCUUAAUGUAUAAAAAGUGUAAUUAUGUCAAAUAUAGUAUUGUGAUGGUA